CUUCACCCAAUUACACAAAUACACAUACACAAGUACCUCAAUUUCAUUAUGGCUACCCUUAUUGUUUUCACCCAACCAUCUCCUGUUGAAGAUGCUGAGGCUCUACAUAAGGCUUUCAAAGGAUGGGGAGCUGAUGAUAAGACCAUUAUAGCAAUUCUUGGACACAGAAAUGUUCAUCAGAGGCAGCAAAUCAGAAAAGCUUAUGAGGAGCUUCACCAAGAGGAUCUCAUUAAGCGACUCGAAUCCGAGAUCUCUGGUGACUUUGAGAGAGCUAUGUAUCGUUGGAUGUUGGAACCUGCUGAUCGAGAUGCUGUUCUAGCGAAUGUAGCAAUCAGAAAUGGGAAGAAAGAUUUUCAUGUAAUUGCGGAAAUCGCUUGUGUUUUAUCUGCUGAAGAGCUUUUGGCAGUGAGGCGUGCCUAUCGCCACCGCUACAAGCGUUCCUUGGAAGAAGAUGUGGCUGCUAACACCACUGGCCACCUUCGCGAGCUUUUGGUUGGAUUAGUAAGCUCAUUUAGGUAUGAGGGUGAUGAGAUAAAUGCAAGACUUGCACAGAGUGAAGCCAAUAUUCUCCAUGAAACUGUGAAAGAGAAGAAAGGAAACUAUGAAGAAGCCAUUAGGAUUCUUACUACAAGAAGCAAGACUCAGCUUGUUGCUACUUUCAACCGCUACAGAGAUGAGCAUGCCAUUUCCAUCAGCAAGAAAUUGCUAGACAAUCAAGCUUCUGAUGAUUUCUACAAGGCAUUGCACACUGCAAUUCGUUGCAUCAAUGACCACAAAAAGUACUAUGAAAAGGUUCUGCGCAACGCGAUAAAAAAGGUUGGGACCGACGAGGAUGCGCUGAGCCGAGUCGUGGUGACAAGGGCUGAGAAGGAUCUUAGGGACAUCAAAGAACUGUAUUACAAGAGAAACAGUGUUCAUCUUGAGGAUGCUGUUGCCAAAGAAACUUCAGGGGACUACAAGAAGUUCCUUCUCACAUUGUUGGGAAAACAGGACUGAAAAUAUUAACACUUCUAAUUAAUUAAUUAAGGGUUUGUGUGUGUUGGUUUUUAGUUCCUGUUGAUUUGGUUUCAGUUGCUUUUGGUUCUCUAGCAUGCAUGAGUCUGUUUUUAGAGUAUUUGUCUCUUUUAUUGUCCUUUGUUUGUUGUAGUUGUGAACUUAAGUUAAUAAAAUUCUAUGUUUAGUAGUUUAUGGAA